AUGGAGAAAGAACUACGUCGUCAAGCUUCAUCAAACAAAGCUUUACUUCGUACAAGAUCUCGAAGCCCACCUAGCCCGUCAGAUCGUGCAUUAAACCAGCUUGUAAAAGGCUUCCGUCUUACAAUUGAAGGUGCUAUCUUACUCGCUAAAGGAAAUAAGGAUUUACGCGCCGCCAACGAGAAGCAGAAGCAAAAGCGUACUAGAUCCCGGAGGCAGAUACCUGCUGAAGAAGGCCUUUCAGUUCAAGAAGCUUCUCAAUUGAUUACUGAGCCGGUGGAAUCAAUUGAAGCGCCUCCUCCCCCUCCACGAAGAAGCCCUUCGCCGGCUUUACAACCACGUACACGGGCCCCACCAAAGUGUAGUUGUUGUGGAGAAAUAGCACAUAGGAUUAAUAUAUGCCUAGCUAGAUAG